UUUGCAGGUGUUGGUAACUUUUCAAUCAGUCUACCGAAUGGUUUUGUUGAGGUUGCUCAAGUGCUGGACUUUGAGAGUAUGUAUCGAGCAACUGGGAAUCGGGCAGACUUGUGUUACUACAAUUUGACAGUCAUAGCAAUGGAUCAAGGUACGCCUUCCCUUCAGGCAAUCGCAUAUUUCAAAAUUGGUAUUUUGGAUGGUGAUGAUCUGGGACCAACAUUUGUGUAUGGAUCUUGCAUUUCCAGCACUGAGCCUUAUGGACCUACUUGUAUUCGAGCCAGAUACGUGUCAAAUCUGCAGCCAGGAAACAGCCAGUACAUUCACUAUUUCCACAGACUCUGGUAUUUUACUCCAUAUCCUGCGGACACAAACAACCCCAAUGGAAACGUUGAGAUCAUUGCCCAAGAUCGGGACACUCUUGAUUCAAACAUCACCUGUCGGAUUGCACAAACUUUGCCAUCUGGAUUUGAGCAGUACUUCAGUGUUUCUACUGUACAGAUUGGCCAGACAAAGCAGUACAGAUGUGUUGUUACCUACAGCCCUGUCAAUAAUGUGCCUCUGAAUCGCAACACUUUUCA